AGGGCAGGGCAGGUCAGAGCAUAAGAGAGAAUUGGUUCCCCUGCCCUGGACGAGAGGAGAACGGAGGGAAGGAGACACACUGCGACACAGCACGAGGAAGCUGCUGGCCCCGCCACCAUGAAAACGUUCUUGUUGCUGCUGGUUUUGGUGGCACUGGAGCUGGGACAGGUCCAAGGAGCCCUUCACAGGGUGUCCCUCAGGAGGCGCCAGUCCCUCCGGAAGAAGCUGCGGGCCAAGGGACAGCUCUCAGACUUCUGGAAGUCCCAGAACUUGGACAUGAUCCAGUUCACGGAAUCCUGCACCAUGGGCCAGAGUAGCAACGAGCCCCUGGUCAACUAUUUGGAUAUGGAGUAUUUUGGCACUAUCUCCAUUGGCUCCCCACCACAGAACUUCACUGUCAUCUUUGAUACCGGCUCCUCCAAUCUCUGGGUCCCUUCUGUGUACUGCACCAGUCCAGCCUGCAAGACACACCCCGUGUUCCGCCCGUCCCAGUCCAGCACGUACAGCCAGGUGGGGACCACAUUCUCCAUUCAGUAUGGGACCGGGAGCUUGACUGGCAUCAUCGGAGCUGACCAAGUCUCUGUGGAAGGGCUGACUGUGGCUGGCCAGCAAUUUGGAGAAAGCGUCACUGAGCCUGGCCAGACCUUUGUGAACGCAGAGUUUGAUGGAAUUCUGGGCCUGGGGUACCCAUCCUUAGCUGCUGGAGGGGUGACCCCGGUGUUUGACAACAUGAUGGCACAGAACCUGGUGGAUCUGCCGAUAUUUUCUGUCUACAUGAGCAGUGACCCAGAAGGUGGCUCAGGCAGCGAGCUGACUUUUGGAGGCUACGACCCCUCCCACUUCUCUGGGAGCCUGAAUUGGAUCCCAGUCACCAAGCAAGGUUACUGGCAGAUUGCCCUGGACGGAAUCCAGGUGGGAGACAGCGUGAUGUUCUGCGCAGAGGGCUGCCAGGCCAUUGUGGACACGGGGACGUCCCUGGUCACUGGCCCCUCCCACGAGAUCAAGCGUCUGCAGGAGGCCAUUGGGGCCACGCCCACGGAUGGAGAAUAUGCUGUGGACUGUGACAACCUCAGUGUCAUGCCCGAUGUCACCUUCAUCAUCAACGGCGCCACCUACACCCUCAGCCCAACUGCCUACACCCUGCCAGACUACGUGGAUGGGAUGCAGUUCUGUGGCAGUGGCUUUCAAGGACUUGACAUCCAGCCUCCAUCCGGGCCUCUGUGGAUCCUGGGGGACGUCUUCAUUCGACAAUUCUAUGCCAUCUUUGAUCGCGGGAAUAACCAAGUGGGGCUGGCCCCCGCGGUGCCCUAAGAAGGGCUAAGUGCUUGUAUCCGGCUCCCCAACACCCCUGGGGCCUGUUAGGGGGGGCUUUCUUUAUACCUUUCAGAAAAUGAUCCUAUAAAAUAUAAUCAAUGCAACUUGAA